UUAAACAGUGAAAACCAGAAAAGUUGUGGGAUUAAACAGUGAAAUCAGAAAAGUUGUUGGAUUAAACAGUGAAAACUAGAAAAGUAGAUCAUUUUCACACAUAGGAACGCGGACUUUUUUGGAAAAUUUUAUUUUGUGUCUCGUGCAACUGACAUUAGUGGUAUGUGAUAAUUUUUUUAUCUCAUAAUUUUGUGAACCCAAAAAUAUAAGAUUGAGAUCCACAAAUUUGUAAGACAAAAAAAUUAUCUCUUACAACUAGUGUCAAUUUUAUGAUACACAAAAUCAAACUUCUCCAACUUUUUUGCUCCACUCUUCCACCAAGAAAGGUAUGAUUGCAUAGUAUGCCCCUAGCUUAACCACCCCUCCAAUUUUGCAGGACCAGUACUGAUGCACAAGAAUUACACUGUAAACCCAACAAUACUUUCAGGGUGACGUACUGUACCCUUACCCCUUUCUGUUUAUCCUCAAACUAUUUGUUAUAGCUUCUACUGGUAAUAUAUUCCCCAGAGAAUUGAAGCCCCAAUUAGGAAAAAUGUUGGAUCCGGCGAGUGAUUUGGUACCACCACCUUCUUCUCCAACAAUUUCAUCAGUUUCUUCUUCUGAUCUCGACACUGAGUCUACAGGUUCAUUUUUUCAUGAUCGGAGUAUAACUUUAGGGACGCUCAUGGGAGUUACAUUCCAGGCGAUCACGUUUAGAGCUCCAUCGAUGACUCAGAACCGCCAAUCGAACGUUGAGAGCUCCGUCGGCGCGGGGAGUUCUCGGAAGAACAGGAAGUCGAAGAAGAGUAGGGUGGCGGCUGCGGCCGCGGCGGCGGAAGAGGAGGAGCGUAGGAAUUGCCGACGGCGGAGGUGGUGGAGGCUUUGCAGAGACGAAUGCGACUCCAAACCUGCUUCGCUCGGGGAGUAUCUCGAAGUCGAGCGGAGGUUGGGAGACGGAGCGAUUGACGGCGGUGCGGCCGCCGCUGCAGCGGCGGCGGCUGAGCUUGAAGGUGUCGUCAUCGACGCGCAGCCGACUAACGGAAGGACGUUAUUCGCCGACGGGAGAGUUCUUCCGCCGGUAGAAGCUGAGGAAGAAUCAUCGUCGGCGGGAGGUUUGGGGUUGUGUAGAUUUUCUGUGGCGUCGCUCUCCGGAAUCUGUAGCCGUGGUGCUGGCUGCGUUGGAUAAGCAUAAAGAUAGACUUAUCUUUAAAUUUUUGAUUUGUCAUUAAAUAUGUUUAAACUUUGUCAUUAAUAUAGUCAUUAAGAAGAUGCAGAAACUCAGAGAACCAGAAAAGAAUACAGUAACAUCGUCCUUAUUAGCCACUGUCGUUUAUUUUUGUUCUAAUUUUUAUUUUUAUAUUGUCAUGAUAUUUAUUUGGAUUUAUUCUACUAAAGGAAAGGCUCGUUUCGGA